AUUUAAGUGUUCUUCACAUUCUGAUCUCACAAAUCCAUUUCUUUGGUUCUUUGCUUUUGCUUAGUGGGCUUCCAGCUGUAUUCAUGGACUUGGCGGAGAAGCUUUUCUUUGCAGCAUUUCUCAUUCUUUCCGUGGCCAUUGAUGGAAUGCAGGCAGACACUAUGGUCACUGGCACUGUCUUCUGUGACCAAUGCAAAGACGGACAGAGAUCCCUUUUUGAUUAUCCUGUUAAUGGUGCAAAAGUAAUUCUGUCCUGUGCUGACAGUAAUGGGCAAAUUACAAUGUCAAGAGAAGAAACAACAAACUGGUUUGGAAGCUAUACAAUGAGGUUCAAUGGCGCACCCGACUUGAGUGGUUGUUCUGCCCAUGUCUCAGGCAGUGGUGAAGGGUCAACAACGGGUUGUGGUGAAGGGGCUGGUCCUUCACAAAAUCCUAAACUCAUGUUUAGAAUGUUUGACAUGGAAAUGUAUACAGUGGAUUCUCUCCUUGCUCAGCCCGCACAACCCAUGCAGUACUGCUCAACAUCUUCCAACCCAGUCCCAGCACCAGACACACCACCCAACUCUCCACCACAUUUCAAGCUACCUCCAGUGCCUCCACUACCAUCACUGCCACCACUUCCAUCACUACCACCCCUGCCACCAGUGAUUUUUGCAGAAGCUUCAGCAUGUCCAUCAGAGAAGUGGACACUGCCAGAAUACAAAUGCUACUGGAGAGGUGUGAACCGGGACACAAAAGUUGCAGUGGCUUUUGGAAUGGUUGCGGCGAGAAGAUACGGAACAGACAUUACACUGUGGCAUGGGUUGCAAGGGAGAGGAGACCCUUACAGGACUCUUCUCAGAGAAGGGAUCACAGCACUUCUUAACUCCUAUAACAGCUUUCAAUUCUCUUAUCAUCCACUUGGCGUCGUCCAACACAUGAAUUUGGCUUUGAUGGGCACAACUAGGAGUGUUCUACAUACUGCUCUGCGCUUCAAGAGGGCCAAUUCUGGUGCUGGAAAUGUCACCUGCAAAUUCACCACUUGCAAAUAAUUUAUUUAUAUAUAGCAUGUUUAGAAAGGAUUGUUUUGGGGAAUAAUCCAAUUAAAAAUGCACAAUAGAAAAUUGAAUAUUCUUGUACUGUACUGGUGUAAGUUUUGUCUUUAUCUUUAUUCUAUAUAUGGAGGUUUACCGUUGUAUGGUUUUUUACCUUAGAUUUAUCAUACUAGUAGUAUCUUUGCUGUUCUUUAAGAUAAUUGUUACUCCAACUUAAAUAAAAUCUACCACUCUUUCUAGUUUC